GGAAAUUCAUCGACAGUGUACGCACACGGUUGCUCGUAGAAACCCACGAGCGUUUAUCACUUCUCUGGCGUCCUGCUCAGCGCGAUCAGUUCAGUCUGUAAAAUGGCGGAGAACCGGUGACUGAGUGGGAAAAACGCUCUCUCGAAGCUUAUCAAUUCGAAAACGUUCGUUCACGCGACUAAAUCCUCGUCGAAGACGCGAGUCACGAGAAGCUCGUAAAUCAUUGGUUUAGGAAUGAAAAGUGCACUUUUGCCUGAUCGGAACGUCGACUCGUACUACUGCAAGUUCAAAACUACCCCGUAGAACGAGUUUUCAAAUCCUGGACGAAUACUUCCGUCCGAUAACCGUGGCUUCGACCACUCAGGAAAUUUCCUAAACGGAGUGCUUUCGUGGAAAAAUUUCACGGUAUUUCGUGCUGUCGCACUGCGUUAUCUCGCUGCUGUGAUUUCGAGCACCAGCACACCGAGCAUGGCGUUGGUUGGAGGGUUGACGAGAGCCAAUAAUGGGACUGAGCCUCCGAAAAUCAAAAAUCCUCGUUCCUUCGGUUAAUCUUUGGAAGUAAACCGUUUGGAAUUUCGAGUCCCACCGUCCAGGAAACCCGUUCACAAUAUCCAAUGAAAAGCGUAACCCGGAAGGAGCAAAAGCAGUGGGAGGCGACCGCAGACGCGAAUCGAUAAGUCGCAACGCGACCAAAGCGGGACGAGGGCCUAUAUACACGUAUAUUUUCCUAGUUUUCGAAGACUGAAAGUUGCCCAGGGUGGAUGUGAGAAAGAAGGGAAGAGCCUGAGGGAAAAAAUCCACCUGUGCAGAGGAGGAAUACUUGAGGAAAGGUUAGGGAAGACGAAUCGUACGUUUCGGGGAAGAAAAGAUGUUUGCGUGCUGGGUUUUGACCGGUUUCCUCGGGGCAAUUGUUCUACUUUACGCCCUCAUUGAAGUUCAUUAUUUUCUGAGGAUUUUCGUCACCGUUUUUUUCGCAAGGUUCUGCAAAAAGCGAGUCCACAUACUCGACGAAACGUCCGUCUACGGAAUUUGUACGACGACGGACGUCGAUACUCUGCUGUACCACAUGAACAACGCGAGAUAUCUGCGCGAGCUGGACUUCGCACGAGCUGAUUUUUACGAGAGAACGAAUCUCUAUCGUGAAAUUUGUUCGCAAGGAACGGGCGUAGUUCAAGGGGCCGCGACGAUACGUUACAGAAGAUUCCUCAAGCCUCUGUCGAUCUUCAAAAUCAUAUCGAAAAUUAUUUACUGGGACGAAAAAACGAUAUUCAUGGAGCAUCGUUUCGUCACUCCCACCGACGGUUUCGUGAGAGCAAUUGCAAUCUGUCGUCAGCGCUUGUUGGACUGCAGCGCCGAAGCUGUCAUGUGCGCACUCAUUGAACGAGGAGUCAAGCAAAACGGUAGCGUCGAAGUUGGAGUCACACAGAUUCCACACGUGCGUCCAGAGAUUCCUCCGGAAGUGGCGAGGUGGCUCGAGUGCAACGAAAUAUCUUCAGCAGCGCUGAGGCAACGUCCCGGAGCAUCGGAAAACACGAAUUGCUGACCCAACUUCCAGGAUCCCAGAGGAUCCGAAAUCGAAAAUCAUUUGAACCAAAGCGAAAUAAAUAACGUUACGAGAAUUCAGGGAAUCGAGAGACAAUCGAUCGUCGAACAGAGGGUCGUGUACAGUAACCUUUGAAACGAAAUACUGCAUUAUCGAGCUUGCUUACCCUGGAAAUUAUCUCGUCGAUUUUUCCCACUUGCCAUAUGCUCGAAUUAAAUUCAACGGCUAAUAAAAAUCGAGAGUUUUCCAUUAUCCGCGUUAUCCAAUGAAACUCCAUUUUUUCCUCGACCGACCUGCUCGGGCGGUACUUCAGAAUGUUUUGUAACUAAAUCGUCGCGGUCGGUUGGCAAGAAAAAACUUUAGAAAUUUGAUAAUCAGUAGAAAAACUCUUCAAUAAGGAAACUUUUGUCAGCACACGAAAAGUUUAUUUUUUCAAGCUUUUCAUGAAUAUUUUCAACUUCCAAUUUCACUGCUUCGGAGAACGGAAAUCGGUUCAACGUAAAUAUCAACGAGGUUGAAUAUCCAAAACCGAAUUGAUUCUUGAAUAAUAAUUUUAUAAGUUUGGGAAGAAAUAGACAUUUUUUUCACGACGAGAGUAGUUUAGCUUCGGUAUAAAUGAUUUCCUUGCACAUUAAAUCGAUCGAAACUUCAAUUUUUCAAAGUCCGUACCAAUCACUCUCAAGGCCACUCGUGCCUGAAACAUUUAUCUCGUCGCGAUGAAAUAAAAAGUAUUAGCACGACAAAUAAAAAAAGAAAAAACUAUACAGGGUGUGAUCCUCAAAUAAAAAAUGAGUAUUUUGCGGUAAAAAAUAACGGUAUGCGUCCGUCUUCGUAUUUGACUGUAAAGUGAUAACCUCGGUGUAAAUAAUAAAUAAUAACUGUAGAAAUAUCGAAUGGUAAAAAGGAGAGUAAAAGUUUUACGGAUUCUGUAAUGUUCUUGAAAUAUUCCUGUUGACACGAUUGAACCAUUGUACAUAACAAUCAGAAUAGCUUGUUUAUUUUAACUAAUUAAUAAUGAUGUAUAUAUACACGAGUACUUUCUUCCUAAUCGAAAUAAAGAGUCAACGAUGCCUUGAA